AUGGGAAGAAGUUCAUUUUAUAGUCCGAAUGAGAAGAUUACUCUGGAAAUUUUGGAUUCGAACACAUUCUUGGCCGACGAAAAUCUUGGAUCCUAUACCCUUGACAUUGUCGGUUUUGUUAAACAAAAUGAUGAUGGAAUAUUUGAGAACGGCGUAUUCUCAGAAUUGGGUGAAGAUUCAGCUUCCCAAUGGCGGUGGCACGCAGCGAAAUUCUUCUCGACAUCUCUUAUUCUCGAAGACAAAUUUGUCUUCUCCCAGGCAACUGUCGACGAGCGCUUGCUUUACAUUCUCAUCAGCUGGCGAAGACCUGAUAAUGCGUUCAAGUUUUCCUAUGGUGGCCUUGCGCGGUUUUUCAAGAUUCUCUUCUGGAACUCUGGAAAGCUAUCGCGGAAAGUUCGGAACGACGGAUUAGCUCUCAGGUUUAUGACGUGGAGGACGCCGUACGCAACUUCAUCUUGCAGAGAUUCAACAUCAAUUUAUCUGAUAAACUCUUCAAACAAGUGUCAUUACGGGUACAUUCAUUACACGCAAAACCAUUACCAUCCGUAUUAUUCGCCACUUCUUGACAUACCAGACAACCUUGAUGACAAGAUAGCUGCUUUCUAUGGCUUUCAAAGUAUCACGGCGUUUACGGAACGAAAGUGCUUCAAAUCUGGUCACGUUAAAAAGGUGCACUACGGCAGUCACUCUGUGGCACAAAUUAACCAAGAUGCUCAGCUUGAAAAGGAAAUAUUCGAAUCUGUAAUUGAGAGAUACCAAGUUGACAAAGAGGCCGACGACAGUUUUAUAAAGGAACAAGAGAAUAAAACCAAGUUUACCGAAGCAGAGAACUAA